AUGCACGCCAAAACUAAAAAGACCCCUGAAAAUCUCGUUCUUAAAACUACGUACAUUAGAUAUCGCAACUAUUGUAAUACUCUCCUAAGAAAAUUAAAAAUAGCCUAUGAAACCAAUGAGUUACUUAAAGCAAAAAAGAAUCCGAAAGAACUAUGGAAAGUUAUUAAGGACAUUACUCAUACGCGAAAAACCCGUGAUAACCCCAGUGAGCUACUAAAUUUGUGCGAAAAUCCUCAAUCCUCGGUAAAUAAAAUUUCUAGUUACUUCUCACACAUAGGUGAAACCUUAGCUUCUAAAAUCACAGCCACAAACCACUCUAACCAAUCCUUGACUUCAAGAAGUACCAAUUCUCCUCCUGCAAACUCAAUGGGCUUUCUCCCCAUUGAUGAGUCUGAGGUAGAAUCUCAAAUUCUACAGCUACGUAGCAAUUGUGCCAUUGGGUGGGAUGGGAUACCAUCCACUAUUCUAAAAAAAUGUCGGGAAACUUUAGUACCUCCAAUCACGUAUGCUUUUAACCUUUGUCUUCAAAGAGGAGUAUUCCCAAAUGCCCUAAAAAAAGCGAUUGUCUACCCAAUCUUUAAGAAGGGGGACAGGAACUGUAUCAGUAACUACAGACCCAUAUCUGUCCUCUCUGCAAUUUCUAAAAUACUGGAAAAAAUCCUGAAUAAGCAGUUGAGAUGUUUUCUCGACAAAAAUCGCGUUAUAGCGGAUAAUCAGUACGGAUUUCGGUCUGGAGUCUCAACUGAGGACGCAGUUCUCGAUUUAACGGAAUUUGUUGCAAGAAGUUUGGACAGACAGACAAAAUGUCUAGGAAUAUUUCUAGAUUUAACAAAAGCUUUUGAUACGGUUUCUGUUCCCAAGCUAAUUAACAAGCUGGAGCGUGUUGGAGUGCGGGGUGUCACACUGGAUCUAUUCAGGGACUAUCUCACGCACCGAACUCAGUGUGUUAAGCUAGAGAAAUAUCUCAGCGAAGAGCAAUAUACGCUAUACGGUGUUCCACAGGGCAGCGUGCUAGGACCAACCCUUUUCCAGAUUUACAUAAACGACCUUUGCAAGCUGACUCUUAAGAGAUGCAAAAUUUACGCUUAUGCCGACGACACUGCAAUCAUCGUUUAUGGUUCUAACUGGAGGGACAUUAAAAUCAACGCGGAGUCAGCCCUUAAUCAUGUGAUGUCAUGGUUAAAUCACAAUCUAUUGACUCUAAAUUUAACAAAAACUGUCUACAUACCUUUCGCACUACGACAUACUACAAAGCCACCUGACACAUUUACCUUAACAGCACACUCAUGUGCAGAUACAAUAGGCCCAUGCUCUUGCACACCGCUAACGAAAACCGACACUGUGAGGUACCUGGGGGUUCUAAUAGAUGAUUCCCUAAAAUGGGACAAACAAAUCAACGCACUCAUAAACAGAACCUUGCGUCUUAUUGGAACUCUCAGGUCCCUUCGAGACUCGGCUAACUGGGAAACCCUGAAAAUGGUAUAUCUUGCGUUAUGUCAAUCCGUCACAGGAUAUUGCAUUACGGUUUGGGGUGGCACCCAUAAGACACUACUCCUUGGUUUGGAGAGAGCACAAAGAGCUAUUCUAAAGGUAAUGUCAAAAAAGCCGUUGAGAUAUCCUACAUCUCAAUUGUACACCGAUUGCAAAGUGCUAAGUGUUCGCCAGCUGUUUGUGCUCCAAUCAAUUUUAAGGCAACAUAGUGGUCUCCCCCACCCUAAUCCUGAGAAGCGUAGGAACGUACCACUAAGUGUCCGACACAGAACCGCUUUCGCAAAACACCACUUUUAUGUACUGGGCGCCCAUAUAUACAAAAAAAACACACAAAGAAUUAAAAAUACUAGGUUCAAAUAG